AUCAUCCUCUAGAGAAGAGAAAUUGAGGACUGUUUUGAGUAGAAAGUAUUCCUGGUCCAGUUCUUCUGCGUUUAGCUGCUAGAUAAUGAGGGGUCAAACAACCAGCAUUAAGAUGGAAGAUCUACUGAAGGAAUCUCAGAUGGAGUUACAGUGGAUCCAAAGACAGCUUGCUAUGAUCGGGGCCAGAAACAGACACCACCAGCACCUCCUCCACAUCAAGGGCAAGCAUAAAAGUGAGUUUUCAUCUCAGCAAGGUCUGGGACAUGCUGCAGUCUACAAUGUGAACCGCUUUCGAAUCUUAGAGGAAAAAAACAGGGCACUAAAGCAGGAAGUGGUCGCACUCCGCCAAGAGAAGCAACAUUAUCGAAGAGUGAAAGCGAAGCUCCAUGCUGCCUUGCAGGAAAGAAAUCGUCUGAACCUCGAGCUGAUCACCCACCAGCUUAGAGCAUCCAAGCAUGAGCAGGUGCGAUGCGACUAUGUCCAGCUGAGACAAACGUUUGCCACAGUGAGCCGGGAGAAAGACGAGGCCCAGAAGGAAAGGAACCAACUCCAGGCCAAAGUUGAAAAUCUGGAACAUGCGCUAAAGCAUAUGCAUGAAGCCUUGCAGCUAAAACAACAAUUGCAGACAGAAUAUGAGCAAGCAUUGGUGGCCUUUCACAGCAAACAGAAAGAGAUCAAUCAGCUACAAAAGGCUUGGGAUCAAACUGAUCAACAGCAUGAGGAAGCAAUACAGUUAUUAGAGGUCAAACUUUGUGACCUGGAGCAGAAAUGCAGGUCACACACUGAUCACUUCCACCAGCUGUCGAAAAGGCUGCCAAACAUCCGUUUGCAAUCAGAGCCUGUGGAGUUCCUUAAUAGUAAUUCUACCUUGGUGUCACCAGAGGAGAAACUCUCCCAAGUCAUUGAUGAAUUUGAAGCCCGGUUGCAGAAAGGUGAUGAGAGUGCACCAAAUGCUCAGCUUCUGAUCCCUCAGUUUUCACCCUGCCCUCUGCAGACUGAAGACAGCGAAGCAUUCAAACUGCUGUCUGUCAAAUCCAGCACCGUAACAACGGAUCGCUCCAGCAGCCCCCGACAGCAUCCCCCAUCAGAGAUGGAGGAUGAGACAAGCUCAUCAUCAAGGUCCAAACCUCGCUACACAGGCCAGGUCCGCCUUUGCACUGCCCGUUACAGUUAUAACCCCUAUGAUGGACCGAAUGAACAUCCUGAAGCAGAGCUCCCUCUUGUGGCUGGAAAAUAUCUAUAUGUGUAUGGAGACAUGGAUGAUGAUGGCUUUUAUGAAGGGGAGUUGCUGGAUGGUCAAAGAGGACUUGUUCCUUCCAACUUUGUGGAAUUUGUCCAGGAUAAAGAGAAACUAAUCGGAGAGGGAGCAGAAGAUUUAGGUCCUCUGGAACACACAUCCCUAGCCCUGAUGACCGUGGAUGGAGGUGCCUCCCAGGAUGUAAUGCUAGGCUCAAGUAAUUCCCUUGUUCCAUGUAGCAAUGGUACAGGGGGGACAUUAGAUCCUGAGGACUUAGCUGAGGAUGUUGUGCCUUACCCCCGUAAGAUAACCCUCAUCAAGCAGCUGGCACGUAGUGUUAUUGUGGCAUGGGAGCCUCCAGUAGUGCCUUUGGGCUGGGGGAACAUCUCUGGCUACAACGUAUUAGUUGAUGGGGAGCUUCGUGCCAGUAUACCAUACACCGGCCGGACCAAGUGCUUGCUGGAAAAGCUGGACUUGGACAGCUGCAUUUAUCGUGUCUCCGUGCAGAGCGUCACUGACCGCGGCUUGUCGGAUGAGCUCCGUUGCACCGUCCUGGUGGGAGCCAAUGUGGUGGUGGCACCAUGCGCCAUGCGGGUGGACGACAUCCAGCGGGACACUGCCGAGCUCUCCUGGCUGCCUAGCAACAGUAACUACAGUCACACUGUGUACUUAGAUGGGGCGGAGCAUGCUGUGGUAAAGCCUGGAAGGUAUAGACUACGGUUCCACAACCUGAAUCCCCUAACCGUGUACAAGGUCCAAGUGGUAGCACAGCCCCAUCAGGUGCCAUGGCAGCUGCCUCUGGAGCAGAGGGAAAGGAAAGAAGCUGGAGUGGAGUUUUGUACUCAAGCAGCAGGCCCAACACCAUAUUGCAGAACAGGUCCCCCGAUGCCCCCACAGGAUGUUCAGGUGCUCUGUGGGCAGGCUCCAGGGGUUCUGCAAGUCCGCUGGAAGCCUCCCAUCCUCUCUCCAACAGGCACAUCUAAUGGGGCAAAUGUUGUUGGCUAUGCAGUCUGCACUAAAGGACAAAGGAUAGCUGAGGUACUGUUUCCAAUGGCAGACUAUGUCACUAUUGAUCUGACAAGGAUUCAAUGCCUGGAGGCCAGAGAAGUCAUUGUAAAAACACUGUCAGUCCAAGGAGAGUCCCAGGACUCCCAAGUCGCCGUCAUUCCAAACAACCUGCUUGUGCCUCUACCUGCCCUACCCCUGCCGCCCCCAAUGCACCCACACAUGGGCCCUCAUCCACACCCUCAUCCUCAACCUCACCUCCCAUCUCCUCACCUUCCUCAACCUACACCCCAACUUCCACCUCAUGGGCAACCUCACCCUCCACAUCCCAGACUUCCUCAUCCAGGCGGAACCCCGCACCCCCAACCGCAGCCCUUACACCUGCAGCCUCGCCCUCUCCACCAGGGUCCCAGGCCACACCAACUGCCUCUGCUGCCCCACCCUCAGCCCCACCCUAUACCUCAGAGACCAGUAAGUGCCAGAGACCUGGAUGCCAAAGAGCACACAGCCCACCAUGGAGGAGCUAUUCCGCCUGGCCAGCCCGGCUGGGACCCAAGUCGAUCAUCUUUGCAGCCUCCUGUGCCCAUGCAAGGUCACACUCUGGAGGCCCCUCCCCCGGUACAUUUGCGUUCCCCCUCCCCUCAGAGGAUUCUUCCUCAGCAAGGCACGCUGAUCCCAGAUACUGUGGCCAAAGCUAUUGCUCGAGAAGCAGCACAGAGGGUGGCAGCAGAAAGUGGCAAGGUCUGGAAAGAGCACCACACAAAUGUUACACAAAACAUUGUAGGAGACAGAAAUGGGAGAUAUGGAGAGCAGGGUCAUUCAUUUCACCAGCAUCCCUCUGAUGAGGAAGAGGAAGAUGAGGAAGGAUUUGCACAUGGACGUCGGAGAGGACCCUCAGUGGACGAGUUUCUCAGAGGCUCUGAGUUGGGGAGGCCGCCUCACUAUAGUCACAAUGAAGAUUAUCACAGCGAGAGCAGCCGGGGCUCUGACCUGUCUGACAUCAUGGAGGAGGAUGAGGAGGAGCUGUACUCUGAGAUGCAGCUGGAAGAGGGACGACGACGCAACUCGCACAACACACCCAAGACAAACAGUCCUGGUGGAGGCCGCCAUGACCGGGACAAUGGGAGGCGAAUUCAACAUGGUGGAUCACAGCCUAAGAGGCGACCUCUAAUGGUCCCAUCCAUUGAAGUAACCUCUGAGAAUAACAAUGAGGGAAACCCCUCCCCCAUCAACGAAGAUGUUAACUAUGGCAGAGUAGCUCGACACAAGGCGUGGUCGUCCCGCAGGCACACAGGCGGCAUCAGGUGUCCCCAUGACGGCUACAGGAAUCGGGACAGACGCUCUCCAACGUACUAUGACGAGUCAGAGCCUGAGGAACCUUUUCGGAUAUUUGUGGCGCUCUUUGACUACGAUCCUAUGUCUAUGUCCCCCAACCCAGAUGCUGCAGAUGAGGAGCUACCUUUCAAAGAAGGCAGAAUCUGUCAGGUUUAUGGUGAUAAGGACACAGAUGGGUUUUACAGAGGAGCAAUAAAAGGCAGGAUGGGGCUUCUUCCCUGUAACAUGGUGUCCGAGAUACGAGCAGACGAUGAGGAGACCAUGGAUCAGCUCAUCAAGCAGGGCUUUCUGCCUCUCAGCACCCCUGUGGACAAAAUAGAGCAGAACAGACGAGGUCUCCGCCGAGAUCAGGCCUCAAGAAGGAUGGUGGCGCUCUACGACUACGACCCCAGAGAGAGCUCCCCUAAUGUUGAUGUUGAGGCUGAGCUGACCUUCUGUGCUGGCGACAUCAUUGCUGUUUUUGGAGACAUUGAUGAAGAUGGGUUUUACUAUGGUGAGCUCAAUGGCCAUCGUGGCUUGGUGCCCUCUAACUUCUUGGAAGAAGUGCCUGAUGACGUGGAGGUCUAUCUGACCGACACCCCGUCCCACUACCCCCAGGAAGAACCCGCCAACCGGCCCCCUGCAAACUCCACUGCAAACGUGCCAGAGGGAAAACGGGUCACUGCAGAAAACACAGACACGGCCAACAACAUUACAACCCCUGUCCCGCCGUCCCCUAUCGUUCGUCCCCUCCUUCCAGGAACUAUGAGACCGCUUAGCCCUCCAAGGGGUCACCAUGUUCCGCUGGACCCCAGGGACCCUCAAGAUCUGGCAAACAAGAAGAAGAAAGGAAUACUCUCCAAAGGAAAGAAACUGCUUAAGAGACUGUCUCCUGUGAAACAAUAAUGACAAUAUUUAAUAGCAUAAAAAUCCUAUACAUAAAUCUGUGGGGCUCUGUACAUAGCAUCCAUACAAUCAACUGUGAUGUGACGGUACAUUACAGAGUGAGCAUGUGACUCACCUCUUUGACUGCGUGAGCCUAGCAAGUGAUACAAAUGUGUUCAGUGCUGGAUAAAAAACACAUAAAUUUUGUACAGUGGAGUGCCAAAAUCAAGAGUGAAGUGACUUUCCAAAACAAACGCAUAUUACUGUGAUAUUACUGUAUUUCAAAUUAAGGGAUGCUUUAUCUAAAAUAAAAAACUAGGAUUUUCAUGACAUGCAUUUCUACAAUUUUCUUCACUUUUAGCCCUCUAUGGUACCAUUGUGCCCUCAAGUAGAAAAACCUUGAAGAGGGGUAUUGUCAAGGAUUCAUUUGCCAUUUUCCAAUCAUUUUGAUCAGUUUUUAAAAGGAAAGUGUUUCACUAUCUUGCCCCAUAAGAUAUCUACAUUCCUUCAUGGAAAAAAAAAAAAGUUUACACGAACAGGAAUAAAACCUUAGUUUUUAAUAGUCUAAAGCAGUUUGUUUGCUAUAAAAUUAA